AUGGAUAAGAUCGAUAAUACUGAGACAGAAGUGCCAUUGUUUACAAGUCCAGGGGCCCGAUUGUCUGAAGGGACCACUUACAAUCCACAGAACAACUCUUUAUUGUGGAUCGAUAUCGCUAAGGGAGAACUCCAUAGGGUUGAAUUGCCAAAGGGAAAGAAACAGCAAUAUUCAGAAUCUGAUUUGAACACCAUUGCCAAUUCCCAUGAAGUUGUCAAGUAUAAAGAAGAUGAUAAAGAAUUUAUUGCUACAAUUGGGGGAAUUGCUUUGACUAGUGAUAUCGAUAUUAUUGUCGCUGCUGCAACUCAAGGUAUUGCCAAGAUUGAUUUCAAGACCCUCACUUUUGAAUAUAAAUAUAAAUUCGACUUCAUUCCUGAAGAUAAGAGAGAAUUUUACCGCUCAAAUGAUUCUAAAAUGAGUCCAUGCGGUAACUUCUGGAUUGGCAUAAUGUCAAACACUUUUAAGCACGAAUUAAAGCCAGAAGGCUACUUGGCAAAAUUUGACGUCCAAACUAAGAAAUUCACAGUGUUGCUUGACAAUUUAAAUAUAUCCAAUGGUAUGGCCUGGUCUAAGGAUUUGACCAAGUUCUAUCAUGUUGAUAUGACUAAAGUCACCAUGUACAAGUAUAACAAGGCGACUGAUUCGAUCUCUGAUCCUGAAAUAUUCCUUGAAUCAAAGAAAUUAGGACUUAAUAUUGAAUUCGACGGUAUGACAAUUGAUGAUUCCGAUAACUUGUACAUCGCACUUUGGGAUGGCAGUGGUAUUUUAAAAGUUAGCCCUGAAGGCCACUUUUUACAUAAGUAUUCAUACCCUGCCAGAAGAACCACUUGUCCGACAAUUGGAGGCGCACAUAUGGAUGAAUUGUUUGUUUCUACUGCUGAUCUUAAUCUUGAUGAUACCUCAAAAUUGGGGAGUGUUGCGGAUGAUCUAGGCGGAUCAAUUUUCCGAACCAAGAUCGAAGGAGUAAAAGGUAGAGCAAAAUACAUUUGGGAAGGUGAAGUCUGA